AGUCAGUAAGGUGGUAUCAUCAGCCUUCAUUACGGUGUUGUUGUUUUCGUUUUUCAAUGGUUGCUUAGGGCACAGAGAUACUUCACCAGAGCGCUGCGCGGCUGUCGGUCCCCUCGCCUUCUGGCUGAAUACUGUGUGCUUACGCGCUCACGCUCCACCCCCUACUCACUGCUUGUAUUCAGCCUCUUCAACAAACCCGACAGCCUGUAAUCACAACCCAAGCAGCAAGUGCUGUGGCACGGUGGAGGGGACCAUGGACUAACGCCUGUCUUUUUUUUUUUUUUGGGAUUUCCCCGUUCGUUAUUUUUGAUGGAUUUUCCUCUUAAAAGGGAAUUUUAAUCGCAAGGUUGUAACAGUGCUAAGACUUGGAAAAGAAAAUGGCUUUGGAAAAUACAUAUCGCAGUUACUCCAUCAUACCAUGCUUUAUCUUUGUAGAGCUGGUUAUCAUGGCCGGGACGGUGCUGCUGGCCUACUACUUUGAGUGCACUGACACCUUCGGCGUGCACAUCCAGGGCUUCUUCUGCAACGACGCCGACCUGAUGAAGCCCUACCCCGGGACUGAGGAGGACAGCUUCGUCCCGCCUCUCAUCCUGUACUGUGUAGUGGCAGCGGCGCCGACGGCCAUUAUUUUCACUGGUGAGAUCUCAAUGUACAUCAUGAAGUCUACAAGACAGGCCCUCAUUGCCCAGGAGAAAACUAUUGUGACGGGAGAAUGCUGCUACCUGAAUCCUCUUAUUCGGAGGAUCAUAAGGUUUAUUGGCGUCUUCGCCUUCGGGUUGUUUGCCACGGACAUCUUUGUGAACGCUGGUCAGGUCGUGACUGGUAAUUUAUCGCCAUACUUCCUGAGCGUCUGCAAGCCAAAUUACACGGGGACAGAGUGCCGCUUCAGCCACCAAUUCAUCUCCAAGGGUAACAUCUGCACAGGGGACCCUGCUGUGGUGGAGAGGGCCAGGAAGUCCUUCCCGUCCAAAGAUGCUUCUCUCAGUGUCUACUCCGCUGUCUAUGUCACAAUGUACAUCACCAGCACAAUAAAGACCAAGAGCAGCAGGCUGGCCAAGCCAGUGCUCUGCCUCGGCACCCUUUGCGCCGCCUUCCUCACCGGCCUCAACCGGGUCUCCGAGUACCGCAACCACUGCUCCGACGUUGUCGCGGGGUUCAUUUUAGGAAGCUCAGUCGCUCUGUUUUUGGCAGUCUGUGUGGUCCACAACUUCAAAGGGGUUCAUUUUGCACUGGCCAAGAUGAAAACCGAGGAGUACCGCGGUCUCCCUCUGAUAACGUUCCCACGGGUAGAGAGCCCCCUGGAGACCCUGACUGCACAGAACCAUUCAGCGUCAAUGACUGAGGUCACAUGACUGAGAGGCCAGCACAGAGUGACGUUUACUUCACCUGAACACUCCUAGGCACAAAUGUUUUGUACCGUGUCACACUGUAAAAAGGACAGUAUUAUGUUGUAGUUAGAAGCUGUUUUUUUGUACAUUUUGUAUAAGAGAGUGCCGUAGCUUACCCUAAUAGCUUUGAGAAAGGUAUUGUUGUUGUUCUGUGGUAUUUGUACAAGGAAAGUCUCAUUCCUGUUUCUGUAAAUCUUUGACAAAGCUCACCUUUUGUAUUCUUUUUAUUAUCUGUAUGAAAUGUAAUACUUGACCAACUUUGCCUGCAAUCAUUUCAGGAAUGCU